CGAGAGCAGCUCGUGUCCCCGAAUUUGUCCGACGAGCGGUGAGCCGGUAUGUGGCAGCGACGGCAUCAUUUAUGCGUCCUCCUGCGAAAUGCGGAAGAAGACGUGCGGCAAAGGGGUGACAGUGGCCUUGGAGAAAACGGCCUGCCUGCGAUCGUCGGGCAGUAAGUGCGAGAACCGCUGCCCCGGUGACCAGGAUCCAGUUUGCGGCACGGACGGGCGCACUUACCUCAACAAGUGCAUGCUCAGGGUGGAGAUAUGCCGAGUGGGCAUCGAGCAGUCGCAUCUCGGGCCGUGCAACAACAUAUCGGCCCACAGGGAAAAUUGCCCGGUCUCGUGCGACAUCGCGCCCCUCGACGGACCGGUUUGCGGCAGCGACGGCAACGUAUACAAGUCCACCUGCCAAAUGAAACUCCUCACUUGCGGGCAAGGCGUGGUGAGGACGAAUAAGAAGCACUGCCAGACGACGAGACACUGCCGGGAGUCCUGUUGGCGUGGCGCCAAACCCGCUUGCGGAAGUGAUGGCAAGAUCUACGCGAAUACCUGCAAAAUGCGAGCAAAGAACUGCGGGAAGCACGUGUUCGAGAUACCGAUGUCCUUCUGCAUGACUCAGGAAAGGACUUCCGGCAGCACAUCCGUGACCUGUCCCCUGGACUGCAAGGGCGAGCCGGAAAUUGCAGUUUGCGGCUCGGACGGCAGUAUCUACCGAAGCGAGUGCGAAAUGCAGAUGCUCAACUGCGGAAACACGAGAAGAAAAGUGACAGCUGUGGACUUUGAAAAGUGCCGAACGCGGCUGGCCAAGUGCGUGAAACAACAGCAGCACUGCACCGACGAGGUCGAUCCAGUUUGCGGAAGCGAUGCCAGCACCUACUCGAACCAGUGCCACUUGAAUGUCGCCAUCUGCCUGAAAGGCAUCCAGUUGGCUCACGUAGGCGAAUGCACGACCUUGAAGGAGACCGAAGAGUGCCCGGAGGACUGUAGCGAGGUGCCCGAGGAACCAGUUUGCGGCAGCGACGGUAACGUCUAUCGAUCGUUGUGUCAGCUGCAGAAGGAGACGUGCGGUCAGCGAGUGGUCCAGGUGCCGGCCCAACAUUGCCCCACGACUGCUCUCUGCAAUCAGAUCUGUAGCGGCGAGAGGGAGUUCGUCUGCGGCUCCGACAACAAACUCUAUCGCAACGAGUGCGAGAUGAAGAGGGACAACUGCGGAAAACACGUGUACGUCGUGCCGAUGAAGCGAUGCAUGCAGGGCUUUCUCUUCCGGGGCUGUCAGAAAAUCUGUCCGCCCUACUACGACCCGGUCUGCGGUACCGAUGGCAUGAGCUACAGCAACGAGUGCUUCCUCGAGAUCGAAGUCUGCCGCACGCGAAAUCACGUCACGAAGAAGUACCACGGAGUCUGCGGCCAGCCCACCGAGGAGCCCAAGAACUAUCUCUACUGAAUGUGUCCCCGAACAUUGAUGCCGGCUCGAAGUGCAUUUCAGAAAAAGCUGACGCUUCGUACGGGUUUUUCAUGAGAAAAAUUGAAAAAUAAAAUAAAAUAAAAUCUGAACAGAGUUAUCAUGAUGAUCGAACUGAAGAUUAUUGUAGUUUCGCGGAUGUUUAGGUAGCUUGCAAAAAAAACUAUACAUAUAAAUAUAAAUAUAUAUACAAUAUCGUUUUUUAUUUAUUUUGCAUAUGUGUAGAUUAAUUUUUAAUUUAUGCGUAUCGCGAAGGAGGUGGACGGAGAAAUUAAGCAAUUAGUUAAUUAAAUAUACCAUCGAUGCGCAAACGAGUGGCAUCGUGCGAUGGACAAUCACGAAGUGCCAAGAAACGAAAUUAGAAGAGAAAAAAACAAAACAUGAGAGAAAAAAAGGGACGUAAUGAGGUCCUAAACGUCUACUUGAGACGAUUUCUUUUUUCUCGAUUUGAAAACUUAUAUAAUUAUAUUUAUUGUAGAUGUCUCAUACGAAGCACUCUAUUGUCAUUAUUGUUACUAUUUUUUUUUUUUUUUUUUCUUAUACGAA